UCAGCAUCACUAUGGACAUAAAACGUGCCAAGCGAGUGCAAGCAUGCAGACUUGAAGUGUCAGAGCCAUCCCAGUCAUCCAACCUUCCGUUCUGAAGUCGAUCCAGAUGACACGAGUGUUAGAGUCCCUCUGAUCCAGACCCGCUGGGACUGAGCUGCUGCCACCGCUGUCUUUGCUCCAGUCAGUGGCCUCUGUUGGGCAUUUGGCGCCCGGAGAAAAAGGUCCUCCCUCCACACAACUGUUGUAUUAUUGACGGGCGGAGGGAAAGAAGCGGGUCGAUAAGUGGAUCAGAUUUAUUAGUGGUCCAGAUUGGCUACGGCACGUCAAAUGUCAGAGGAGCCACGGUCCGUGCGACUGCACACCGCUCGCUGCAUUUAGGUGAGAGGAGCGCCAGACAUAGACUGCGCGUCUGCAAGUGCGGCACAAUUUCAAGUGGAAGGGAAAGCACAGCAGCAGAAUGGAGUUGGUCAAAAUUGCAGUGUCCUUCCACAUCCUUCUUUGUCCUGCAUGGACCGUAUCCCAUCACCCUUACAUGGACAGCAUCCUCUCAGCCCAGGCAGCCCUCAGGUCGCUGGAUGAGCCGAUGAGGUUUGACCCCUGUUGCCUCAUGUCACCGCCUCCGCCACCGCUCUUCCCUCCACCGCCUCAGCUGUGGAAGCGAGGCAGCCCCGAUGGUAUCGGCAUUUUAGAACCAAGUGUAAUUGGAGGAGAGGGCCAGCAAAGAGAAAAACCUGUGAAACCAGGGUGUUCACCUGGACCACCAGGACCUCCAGGACCCCAGGGUCCAGAGGGUCAUGGUGGACUGCCCGGCAUAAGAGGACCAAAAGGGGAGAAGGGAGAAAUUGGACGGCCGGGGUCAAAGGGUCGCACAGGAGCUCCAGGCCUCCCGGGGAAACAAGGUCUACCAGGAUGGCCUGGUCCAGAGGGAGCCAAGGGUGAGAAAGGGGAUCCAGGACUCAUGGGAUUACCAGGAUUGAGGGGACCACCAGGGACAAAGGGUUUACCUGGUUACAAAGGAGAGAAGGGGGCUCACGGAGACUCAGGGUCAGCAGGACCAAAAGGCGAUAAGGGUUCCAUUGGCUUGCCCGGGAUGCUUGGCCAAAAGGGUGAGCAGGGACCAAAGGGAGAACCAGGAGUCUCAGGGAAGAGAGGACCAACUGGGCGGCCUGGGAAGAGAGGCAAACAGGGCGUGAAGGGCCAGACUGGAGGCCCAGGAGUCAUGGGCCCCCAAGGUCCCCCAGGUCCAAACGGUCAGCCUGGGCCACCUGGUCCACCUGCAUCAGGUCUCUAUCUAGUGGGGGAAAAGGGAGAGAAGGGUCUCCCAGGUCCCCCAGGUCAAUGUGAUUGUGACACCAAGCUUGGAGCUAAUAAUGCUCCUUUUGGAAGCUACACACAAAGGAGUGGCCCCAAUAAAGUCCCUGCAAUAUUUGUGGUCAACAGUGAGGAGGAGAUGGGCCGUCUUCAUAUGGACAAUGCAAUAGCAUUCAGGAAGGAUCAGAGGAUGCUGUACUUUAAAGAUAAAGAUGGAUGGAAGCCCAUACAGCCCUUCCAGCCGUUCCAGUCCACAGAGAAAGUCCCAGACAGAGUAGGUGUGUGUGGGGACGGAAAAGUGCAGCCCCAGCAUGGAGAGGAGUGUGACGAUGGAAACCAGAUUGUCACUGACGCUUGCCUGAACUGUAAGUGGGCCUACUGUGGGGAUGGCUACCGACAUGAAGGCAUGGAGGAGUGCGAUGGGAAGGACUUUGGUUAUCAGACCUGCAAAUCCUAUCUUCCUGGAUCCUUUGGGCAGCUCCGAUGCACCGACUCUUGCCUCAUUGAUUCCACUGGCUGCAAGUACUUCACCUGAACUGAUAAGUUACAAAACAACAACUUUGCAAUUCCUCUUUCUGAUCACGGGGAUUACACUUCAGAUUGCUAUUGAAGUCUCACCCCUUAAAAAAUAAGUGAUGGACUGAGAGUGAACUUAAGGGAGGCUCUUGUGGUUGCUCUGAGCCAUGAAUAGUCAUGGGAGCCAACUUUGAAUCGACUGCUCCCCCACCCCAACCCCCCGGAGGUUUAUCUCUUUUACUGGCCUCAGAGAGCAGCUCCUUGCUACUGUCACACCAUUGGCUGCAGCACUGUUAUGAACACUGAUGGUGGGAAACAUUUAACGAAACAUUUAAUGAUUGUAACAAAUGAAAUAGUUACAAUGUGUAUGACUUGCUGACUGUUAAUGCAGAAAUAAGCUGUGUUCUGAACUUCUUUUGUAGUGAGAGAAAAAAACAGCCUUUUCUAAAAGAGGCAGAGAUAUUAUUGAUACAAUAUGUACUGUAGUAUGCAAAUCAGGGGUGUGUAAAUGUGUUUAUUUCUGUGCACUGUGUUAGAAAACAUAUAUUUAUGUAGUGCAGUGCUGUGAUAUUGCAUGUAAAUGUGUUUCGGUGCACAGCAGACUGCUUUAACCGGUGCUGUAUAUGUAGUAGCCAAAGUGUGGACCACUAGAAAUGAAUGUCCAAAUAAUCCGACAGGAGGAAAAUGAAUGUCAUACUGCAACAACAGCAAAAAAAAAAAAUACCUUUGAUUAUUUUGGCAGCAUGAAGAAACUGCUCUAUUACAUUAAAAUGACUCGAAAUGAAGUCAUGAAAAUGUGAUUAAUCUGCCUGCAUGACUGUAAAUUUCAUAAAACACUGUACACUAAUAAAGAUUAGGUCUACA